GUCUGCAGCAAGUUCAGAUCUUGAAGCUGGACUUGACAGACCUGCGGCAGGUGGAGCAAGUCGCUGCGCAGCUGGAGCGGCUGCCAGCGUUACACAUAUUGGUGAACAAUGCGGGCGUCGCGACCCAGUUCCCGCACAAGCUGACGCAAAAUGGUAUCGAGACUACCUUCCAGGCCAACUAUCUUGGCCACUUCCUCCUGACGACACGAUUGCUUCCACUGCUGCAAAGCUCGUCUCCGUCACGAUUGGUGCAUCUCACCUCCGGUGCUCACCGUGGUGCUCCGGUAGCCGGUGUGCCGCUGUCCCUAGAAGGCAUCAACGACAAGGACGCUAUGGGACCAUACGCAAGGUACGGCGCGGCUAAGUUGGCCAACCUCAUCUUCUCCCAGGAAAUUGACAGGCGUCUUGGGCACCUGGGUGUGUACAGCAACGCCGUGCAUCCGGGCGUUGUCGCGACGGAGAUGCUCCGGCUUGACAAUUUCGAGGCCAUGCUUGGCUCCUUCCUGGGGGCAUUGGCGUUCCAGGCGGCGCAGCUGCGGAAUCGGCUCUUUGCCUAUGGCGCCCAAGAGGCCGCGCUGAAUCUCCUCUUCUGCGCGGCAGCGCCGGAGGUGGAGGUACGAACCGUGCACGGCAAGCUUAUCGUACCCAUCGCCACGGAGCACCCGCCGCGCCACGCGCAAGCCUUCAAUGAGGAAUUUGCGAUCCGUCUCUGGGAGUUCAGCGAAAAGCUCAUCACCGAAUCCUUGGCCAAGACUAAGCCCUGGGCGGUGUUCGUGGCCACCUGUUGGCUCUCCGCCUUUCGCAUCAAGUAUCUUUUUCCGUAUACCGUCGAUCUGAUCCUCAUUGGAUUUAUUCUGGCCUGGGUAGUCAGCGUGGGUGCUGCUGUCUAUGCGCGAUUCCGAAUUCCGGAGCCGACCUGGUACACCUACCUCUGCUUUACGCUGGGCCUGGCCGUGGUGACUGGCCCUCUCUGCGGACAUUGGAUCUUUUCAAGCCUCAUGCAGCAUUACUACCGAGUGGGAGAUCUCAAGGUGCUGUCGGGCGUCGACGUCUCCAACGCACAAGGCGACUCUAUGUUGGACGCCGGAAUUGUCGAGUUCGCCAAAGGGAACUACCUGGAUGAGAUGAGGGCUUGGCACUUCAAGCACCACGUGACCUACUGCGUCGCCCCGGUGGUCACGAACCGCACACUGGGGCCAGUCAGCGGGUGCAACCCUCGGGGAACCAUUCUGUCUCGGAUUUAG